UAAAAAAAAAAGAAGAAGAAUAAGAAUAACCCCUAAAAACCCCAAAACCGCCGAUUGCCACAAUGUUCAACUCCAACAUACCGGCCGCGGCACUGCUCAGCAUCGAGAGCAGCGGCCUCGGCUCCCACACGCCCAAAACUCCCGAAAUUCUCAACUCACUGAUAGCCAUGACAAAUCCAUUGGACAGCUAUUUCAGUGCCACGUCCAGUGCGGCCUCCACUCCGGUGGUGUCCGUCCGCAACUUCAAUGGCAAUGCCAAUGCACAGUCGCACUCGCAGGACAGCAGUCAUUCCAGUUGCUCCGCAUCACCGCUAGACUCGCCAGCAGGCACUGCGACCACGCCCAGUGUACAGCAGACAUGCUCUCAGCUGAUCAAAGCCGGCCUCAAGCUCUCCAUACAAAGCAAACGCAAGCUGUCCACCUGCGACUCGAGCUCCGGCUCUGAGCAGCCCAAUUCCAAGUGUUCGCGACGCGACGAGGACUGCGAGGAGUCCAGCGAUGAGGAUAGCGAAACAAAAUCUGUGCCCAAGGGUCUAACGCCCGAGGAUGAGGAUCGUCGGCGGCGACGGCGCGAGCGCAACAAAAUUGCGGCUACCAAGUGCCGCAUGAAGAAGCGCGAACGCACACAGAACCUCAUCAAGGAGUCGGAGGUGCUGGACACCCAAAACCUCGAGCUGAAGACGCAGGUGCGCACUCUGGAGACGGACCGGCGCAAGCUGCUGGAAAUGCUGCAGGCGCAUACGCCCAACUGCGUUCGCCGAGGCGGCUGCAAUCUGCCCUCCAAAUUGCUGCAGUCGCCGGCAAUCAAAUACCUGACCGAGCUGGAGCUGGACACUCCCAGCGAGGCCACUGGCAACUCCGGCAACGGCUCCAGCCAGCGCAUGAGCAUACCAUCGAUGAGCACGUUCAAGCGAGCGGCGGCAAUAGCGGCACAGCUUCAGCAGCAACAUCAGGUGCAGGUGCAACAGGUGGCGCAGCAGCUGCCCAAUGGCUACUGCAAGCCGUCGCCCAGUCCACAGGAAUUCGAGCACGCCGGCUACUUGACCUCUCCCACACAGGAGGCCCUCUGUCUCCAGCAGCAGCAGCAGCAACAGCAGCAGCAACAACAAUCGCAACUUACACCCACCAACGGCAACGGCAACGGCAACACACACAGCAACACUAGCAAUGCACAGGUCUCCGACUAUGUGCCGAACUGCGACGGUCUCAGCAUGAGUCUGCCGCUCUCCGCCUCUCUCAGCGUCAUCACACCUACCUCAAACAGCAGCAUCAGCAACAUCAGCAACAUCAGCAGCAUCAGCAACAUCAGCAACAGUAACAACAACAACAACAACAAUACACAGACACACGUUAAUGCCACCACGCCCACCACCGCCAUCGAGUAUGUGAAGAACGAGCUGGUCGACUCGCAAGGACCCUACACCACACCGUUCUCCGCACAGCGUUUCCUCUUCGAGCCCAGCGACGGCUUCCCCGACAUCAAGCAUGCGGUCAGCGUCCAUCCGAGCAGUAUCAACAACAUGACCAGUGUGGCCAGCCUGGCGGCGCACAACAACAACAACCAUCUGCUGGACUUCCACAGCCCCAUAAUGGGCAAUGGGAAUGGGGGCGGUAGCGGCGGUGUGGGCGUCGGUGUCGGCAUCAUGAGCAAUUGCUAUGACGACGAUCCGCUGCUGAUGACGUUCACCGAUGAUCCUGGCGAUUUUGUAGAUCUGGAUACUGGUGCCAAUGCCUUUAUGCCCAAUGGUGGUUGCUUGGCGUGA